UUUUACCACCGCAUAUUUUGUUUUGUUUCUAGUGUGGGGAGGGGACUACAGAUGUAAUGUAAUAAGCCUAAUAAUUAUAAUAAUGUAAACACAUAAUAACUGGGCUUGUACAAAAGCCCACUGGGGCAUAUGAGCUCAAGUCUCUUUCAAGCUUUCAAAGCCCGAAAAAAGCUCAGGAGUUUCUGUCUUCGGCCAAAGCCCACUGAGGCAUAUGGCCUACUGCGUACCGCGUAUCCGUUCCAGAGCCACUCCAUUUCUAUCUUCCCGCGCCGAUGUCCUAUCGCCCCGCCCCUUUCUUUUCUCUUCUAUCCUGAUCCCCUGAUAAUUAAUUCAGGAUGCCGGCAAUGGCGACCUCCACCAGUUCUCCGUCGCGACUACUGCCAAAUCGCGCCUUCCAAUCUCGAUCACAUUGCGUUUCCCGCUCUUUCGAAACAAGCAAUUGGUCGGCAUCGCUUCCCGCACUCCCAACCCUCCGAUCGUCUCUCCGAUCAACCCGCUUCCCCACCCUAUGUUGCUCUUCUUCCAGUGAUCUCGGUCAGAACAGCUUCGCGCCGACGGAAAUAGUAGACAGCGACGGCGAUGCUCAACUUCUAACCAGUAUCUGGAAGUGGAAGGGCUAUUCGAUCCGCUACCAGUGUGCUGGGAAACGUGGCCCUGCUCUUGUUCUCGUUCAUGGUUUCGGAGCUAACAGUGAUCACUGGAGGAAAAAUAUCCCAGUUCUUGCUAAAUCCCACAGAGUAUAUGCAAUCGAUCUCAUUGGCUAUGGAUACUCCGAUAAGCCCAACCCUCGUGGAUUCGGAGAUGCCCCCUUUUACACAUUUCAGACCUGGGCUACCCAACUCAUCGACUUUUGUGCUGAAGUAGUACAAGAUGAAGCAUUCUACAUAUGCAAUUCCAUUGGAGGACUUGUUGGACUUCAGGCAGCAGUUAUGCAACCUCAGAUAUGCAAGGGUGUUGUCUUAUUGAACAUAUCGUUGCGGAUGCUUCAUAUAAAGAAACAGCCACCGUUUGGAAGACCUUUCAUUAGAUCCUUUCAGAACUUGCUGAGGAAUACUGCAUUAGGAAAGUUCUUCUUCAGCUCAGUAGCGAAACCAGGAUCCGUGAGAAAUAUCCUGCGCCAGUGUUACCAUGACACCUCCCAGGUGACAGAUGAACUUGUCGAGAAGAUCCUUCAACCGGGACUUCAGCCUGGUGCUGCAGACGUAUUCCUCGAGUUCAUUUGUUACUCAGAUGGCCCUCUUCCUGAGGAACUACUGCCUCAGAUCAAGUGUCCUGUUUUGAUAGGAUGGGGUGACAAAGAUCCAUGGGAACCAAUCGAACUCGGGAGAGCCUACGGGGAUUUUGAUACCGUGGAGGAAUUCGUUGUCCUUCCUAAUGUUGGUCACUGUCCUCAGGAUGAAGCACCUCAUCUGGUGAAUCCACUGGUUGAGUCAUUCGUGGCACGUCACUCAGCCCUCCUCACCAGCAGCUAGAGUUUACAAUAAUCUCAAGUGAACUUUGGGGGUCCGUUGUUGUAUUUGUAUACACUUGAUGUCGUGCUAAAGUACACUACAGUUGGCUUCACACAUUCGAAAUUGAAAUGCACCAUCAUUACGGUCGGUUGAACACAAUAAUAUAUUACCAGCACAGCAGUAUGGGAGUUCGAUUUCGAAUGUGCUUUGAUCUGAUUUUGGUUCCCAAUUUUACUCUACUUUCGAUUAUGAGCAACAAAUACAGCCAUAGGUAAAAUAUUCGAUAAUUGCAAAGAUGUCACUUUAAUGAUUGAAAUCAGGGUUCUAUCACAUGCACCAUGCGAGUAUAUCACUUAAUGAAGAGUAAGAAAUGGU